AUGUUGGCUUCAAGUAGAACUCGCUACGUAUUUUUAAUUCACGAAGAUAUGAGCGAGUUGGUUCUAGGUCAGCGAGCCAUUAAUAUUCGAAAUAUUGAGGAAGCUACUGGUGCACGAAUAAAAAUUGACAGAGAUGGUAGGGAAGCAAUUAUUACCGGCACGUAUGGGCAGUGCGAAACUGCUCAAUCACGAAUGAAGGCUUAUUUAGAAGAAGAAUCCGUAAAGCCAAGGCCUAGCGUUUAUCCUGACGUUGGUUAUACUAUUGUGGAUUUACAAUCACCCUCUAAAGACUCACGAAUUCGUUUUAUUCAGUAUAUGGAGCGUGACAAUAAUUCACACUCACAUGGAAGGAACUUGUAUUAUAUUCACCUAUCAAACGAACCUCCUUGCUCGCAUGCGGAUUUAAUGGGAGAUUGGGGUAUUCUUACUCCGGAAGUCGAAUCGUCACGUCAAGUAAUGAAAAGUCCAGAAGAAUUUAUGCCUAGUCCCUCUACUGAUAUGGGGGAUCACAGACUCUGGUUAGAUGAAUAUGGUUCUUUUUCGGCAAACAGAAGUUAUAGUAGCAGUAAUUCCAGUAAAAGUUUCAGUAUUGUUGGUCGAGAUACGUGCGAUGAUAAUGAUAUCACUGCGUUGCUUCCGGUUCCUACGAGACAACGACCAUUUACAGUUACUUCUUUGCUGCCGUAUUGUCUUAAACAGAUUUCUGAUCGUGUUUCAGAAAUGUUUCCUAUUCGUGAAACAGCAUUAGAAAUACAUACAACAAUAUACAUAGGACAGGAAUUAUUUUUUAACAUCCCGUUAGAACCUUCGAGUUUAGACAUUAAAGAAUGGUGUGGGCUCAAACGUAUAGGCCAUAAAGCUGUAAAGACUUCUUUCCAGCAUCAUGCGCCUUCUAUUGAUGGUCAAAGUAUAUUGGAAGCGAAUAUGGGCUUUAAGGAAGAUUCAUCUACACGCCAAAACGAAAAGUGCUCCAUCGACGUGUAUUUCAACGACGGUGAAGAAAAGAAAAUGAAACUUACCUAUGAUCAGAUUUCUCAUGAAUGGACAAUUAAAAAAGUUGUAAAGAAUUUGCGACGUAUUGUACUUGUGGAUCUAUUGUCAGGCAGUGAGGCACCAGAUAUAAGGUUUACUCUUAAGACCCAGAUACGAAUUCCAAUUGAUCCCAAUUUGAAACGUCUUAUCAAAGAUGUGCAAGAUCCAAAUAGGAACGAGUCUUUUAUGGCUUUACGACCUUCUGAUUUCGCAGGCACAUGGAUUCAUGUAACACGUGUCGAACAGGCGAUCAGCAAAACGAAGUUUUUUAAUGAAAAUUAUCGUAUUAGCGUCAUACCAACAAAACAAGAUGCAGAUGCAGAAAGAGUUACAUAUGGAAACAACAUUACUCUUAAACAUGUAGAUUGGAUUCGUAUGUCUAACCGAUUAUCUGAUCUACCAAACAAAGACCAAUAUCAACACCAAUCAUAUCAAAAUGAAUAUGAUCUUAUAAGUUUUGAAGAUAUACCAAAGCAAACAACCUCGGUUUCGAGGACACAAAAACAGAAGAUCGAAGACGACGUUUUUGGGAUCGAGUUCUUAUCAAACCACAUAAAAGAAGGGCAGAAGAAGGAAGAAAAUAUUUCUUCGGAGUUCAAGGGGAUAUUACAAUGCACAAUCCCCGCGUCAUUAGACUUUUCUCGUCAAUUCAUCCAGCGUAUUG